UGUGAAGCUCGUGUUGUUCUGAACCGGCGAUGCUCCUGCGCCCUGAGGCGCGCGGCCAUGGCCGCAUGCGCACGUAGUAGGUGCGUUCUGCGCGCGCUCGCGGCGCUCUGGCUGCUGCUGCUGCUCGUGAGCGCGGCGGCGAGAAGAGACGCGCUCGCGCUUAACGGCGGCGGGAACCGGAGGCACGCGCGGAGUUACGAACACCUGCAGGGAGACACGCGCCAGCGGAAACUCUUCAACUACCAGAGAAUGUUCCUCCGGAUAGACAACAGCGGCCGCGUGAACGGCACGCGCAGCAGAACCGACCCGCACUGCAUUCUGGAGAUUACGUCUGUGGAUGUGGGGGUUGUAGCCAUCCGGGGGCUCAGCAGCAACUAUUAUCUGGCCAUCAGUAAGAAAGGAGAAGUGUAUGGAGAGAGAGAGUAUGGUGUGAACUGCAGGCUGAAGGAGCGUAUUGAGGAGAACGGCUACAACACCUACUCAUCAGCGCAGUGGAGGAACCGGAGGAGAGCCAUGUUUGUGGGUUUGAGCGCUAACGGCCGCCCGAUGAGGGGCAGGAAAACACGCAGGAAGAACACGGCCACGCACUUCCUGCCCAUCCUCGUCUGAGCGGACACACCGAGACACACCGGCACCAGAGACACGAUGAGGACGAGACACUACAGAGCUGAGAUCUGUACACAGCUCCUCCAGUUCCUCCUGCUGCUGCAGCCGGACCCACCUGAUAACACUGCUCCCUGUGUGUGAUCCUGAUUCUUCUUUUGGAUAUAAUAAUGGCACAUAGUACCACAACUUUGCCAAAUCAGUUUAAAGAGUUGGACAAGAACGAGAGGCUGUUCAGACUCGGGGGCUUAAAGGAAAAGUCUGGCAAAAAAAAAACAAAUAUACACAAAUUACCACCCAGCUCAACUCCUAAAUAUACUCUAUACCUGUUACAGAAACAAACAGCAGUGCCCAUCUUAGAGCCUGAACUGUGUACCUGUGCUACAGUCUAUACUAGAGUCUGUACUAGUCUGUAUUGGGUCUGUACUAGAGACUAAUACAGUCUGUAUUAGUCUGUGCUAGUCUGUACUAGAGUCUGUACUCUGUGCUACAAUCUGUAUUAGUCUGUGCUACAGUCUGCACUAGAGUCUGUACUCUUCUGUUCUAUAGGUUGUGCUACAGUCUGUACUACAGUAUGUACUCUUCUGUGCUAUAGGUUGUGCUACAGUCUGUGCCACAGUCUGUGCUAUCAUCUGUGGUAAAGUCUGGAUUAGUCUGUGCUACAUUCUGUGCUAUAGUCUGUACAACAGUCUGUGCUAUAGUCUGUACUAGUCUGUGCUACAAUCUGUACUCUUCUGUGCUAUAGUCUGUGCUACAGUCUGUGCUAUAGUCUGUAUUAGUCUGUGCUACACUCUGUGCUAUAGUCUGUACAACAGACUGUACUAGUCUGUGCUACAGUCUGUACUGGUCUGUGCUACAGUCUGUAUUAAUCUGUGCUACAAUCUGUACUCUUCUGUACUCUAAUUUACUACAGUCUGUGCUUUAAGUGUGCGCUGCAAUCAAUAUUGUAGACUGCACUACAGUCUGUACUACACUCAGUUCUCUUCUGUGCUAUAGUCUGUUCUACGUUCUGUACUAAACUUCACGCUAAAAUCUGUACUACUCUACUACAGUUUGCACUACUGUCUGUACAAGUCUGUCAAAUAGUCUGUACUAUAAUCUGUACUCUGAUUUGUACUAUAUCCCAUAAUACAGUUGUGUACACAGGUUUUCUGACCUGUCGCUUUAAUGUACUGUGAAACCUGUGAAACUAUAGAGGUCAGUAUAUGGUUUCAGAACACGUGAGAACCGUACUGACAGAUGGAGGAGAGGAAUCUCCACAGGACGCUGGAGGCUCUGAAUCCAGAUCAGUUUUUAGUUAUUACUGUAAUACUGAGACUGAGAUUAACUCACUAAACCUGGAAUCAGCAUAAUUUACUGUAUUCUGGACCCAAAUCACGGAACUGUGUCGUGGAAAUUAUGCAUGGAGCAGGAUGCUGGAUCGGGAACUUGGAGCUUGAUCUAGAAAGUGGAUUAUGGAACUGGAUCAUGUAUUCAGGGCAGCGGAUUGGAUCUUGGAACUGGUUUCUGAAGCUAAAUCAGGACACAUUACUGGAUCUAUAAACAGUUUAUGGAACCAGAACGUGGAACAGGUACCUGGAACUGGAGUGAAAACAUGGAACUUGAUGCUGAAAGUGUAUUAUGGAAGUGGAUCAUGGAUCCAGAGCGUGGAUGGAACUGGAUCUCAAAACUGGAUCCUAGAAUCGGAGUAUUUUACUGGAUCCAGAUCAAGUUUAUUACUUGAAAGCAUAAAACUGGAUCCUAGAACCACAGAAUAGAACUGGAUCCUAGAACCACAGAAUAGAACUGGAUCCUAGAACCACAGAAUAGAACUGGAUCCUAGAACAAGAGCAUGGUUUUUGUUCCUGGACUUGGAGUAUGGAACUAUAUAAUGGAACCAGAGCGUGAAAAUUAAUCCUGGAACCGGAUUCUUGAGUCGGAGCAUAUGACUGGACCCUGUAAAUGUAUCUGGACCCGGGAUGUGGAACUGGGUCCUGGACCUGGAUCGUUUUACUAGACUGUGAAACAGGAGAAUGGAACCGGUCACCUGACGACCCGAGGGUCAUUAGAGGCGUUUGUAAACACAGCUCUUGACUGCUUUCUGAUAUAUUAUUUAUUUGUAUACUAUUUAAGAGCAAAAUGAAUGAAGUGUAUGUAAUAAAAGCAGCUUUCUGUACUUUAUAUCAAAUAAAAGCUAUUUUCUCACUCUU